AUUCGGCACCAUCAAUUUUCUUUUUGUCCUCAUCUUAAACACAAAGGAAGGAGAAGCAGGACCACAUGGACUAUAGAAGAAACAAUAAUCAAGGGAGCGGGGGACCUGACAGAAAUAGGAAUAACUAUGGUGGUGGACGUCCAUAUGAUCGUAAUGAUAAAGGAGGAAGAGGCGGCGGAGGUGGAUAUCGUAGACCAUACGAAAGAAACAGACAUGAUCAACGUGAUAGAGAGCAAGAUCGAGCUCAGGAGGAGGUCAAUGACAUUGAAAAGCGCCUUGGAGGGCUUAUUAUUCGCGUUGGAGACAAGAUCACGCCAACUCUGGAAACUAAUCUGAAUACGCUCGCUGGGAUUCUGGACAAUGACUAUGCAAAGCAUUCAGCUACCAUUCUGAAAUCUUUGAAAGCAUGCAUCUUGGAAUUGCCCAUGAAAUCCGCCAUCUAUGGAACAUUGACUGGAUUGUUGAAUGCCAAAAACAUGCAGACCGGAGGAACUAUUGUCACUAUGGCAUCAGAUCUGCUUCAGGAUAACCUAGCAAAGCAUCAGUGGAGGAAUGUUAAGCUACUAUUGCGGUUUUUUGGCGAGCUGGUGAAUGCAAACGUUAUUUUGCCAACCACUUUGUUGAAUGUUAUGAACCAAUUCCUCGCAGUCCUUGAGGAAGAAACUGUUAUCAGAGCUCGCGCUGAUUGCGCUGUAUACUGUGUGCUCGCCACUCUCCCUUGGUGCGCAGCAGAUAUGCGCGAUCGUAACCCCCAUGAUUUUGAGAAAAUUCUAGGAAGGAUCGAGGAUUAUAUGCUUGCACGAGAAGAAGGAGGUGGCGCCGAGGGCUUUGAAAUCACAAAGGUGUUUAAGGAUUCUGACUGUCCGUAUAUCCAGGAAGAGCCUCUAACAUUAUUGUGGAAGCAGAUUCAGAACUUGCAAAAGGAUGAUUGGGAUGUGUCUAUUUUGAUCAAGCCUUCACAGACAUUUGAUGCAGUCUUAGGAAUGGCGUCUCAACAUGAAUUGCCGCCUUUUGUCUUCCCACCACAUACUGACACGAUCUCAUACUACACCCCCGCACCUUUGCUCAGAAUCUUUUUGAGUGAAGAUGAAGAACAACAAAACUCUCUUCCAGAUCCAUAUUCCAUUGCCCAUUUCAUUGUCCGCGACAACUUGACGGAUGUACUUUGCCUGUUUGAAAUUAAUCGAAAGGAGUGUGCAAAAUAUCUGUUCAUGGUUCAAUAUUCUUAUGUGAUUGGCACAUUUGCAGACUCAACAGCUGCUGCUGCAGCCGCCGCAGCUGCAGCCGCCAACAAUCCAGUAGCAGAAGAUAUGGAAACAGAUGUACCAACAGGUCCUGGAUGGUCAGUGGAUCAAGUAUUGGCAGAGGUCAUCUUCACAGAGCUGUUCAAGUUGCCUAAGCCAGAAUUCAAAACUGUGUAUUAUGCAUCACUCUUGGUCGAAGUUUGCAAAUCCUUCCCAGAUAGUUUCCCAGCAGCCUUGGCUGUCGCUAUUAAUCGCCUCUUUGACAGACUGCCUUCCAUGGAUAUUGAAUGUGCACAUCGGUUCUGGACCUGGUUCAGUCAUCAUCUUAGCAAUUUUGGAUAUCUCUGGGACUGGAAUCAAUGGGCUGCUGCGCUUGAAGUACCUUUUGAUGAUCCAAAGUCUGUCUUUAUUCGUGAGACAUUAGAAAAGACUAUCCGUCUGUCAUAUUUUGAACGCAUUAGAGAGGCUUUACCAGAGGAGUUUCAAAAGAUGAUCCCUGCAGAGGCGCCUGGCCCAUCGUGGAAGUUUGAGAAUCCAGAACAUCCAUAUCACGCAAUGGCCUCUGCAGUGUUAAACUCCCUUCGGGCCAAAAACUCGAUUGAACAGAUUGAACAAACCUUAGAGAGUAUGAAGAACGCACCACGACUUGAAUCGUUAACAAUGACGGAGCGUGAGGAUUUUAUUCGGGAAUUAUUUACAGAGUGUGUGUUGAUGUUGGGAUCCAAGUCCUUUUCUCAUGUCUUGAAUGUGAUUGAACGGUAUCUGACGAUUUUACAACGGUUGAAUGGCACGCCGGAGGCACGUCUGCAUACAGUGAAGAUUGUAGCCCAAUUCUGGAGAAACAACACACAGUUUAUGGGUAUUCUAUUGGACAAGAUGUUGAACUAUCGUGUCGUAGAUGCAAUUGCAAUUGUGAAAUGGGUAUUUGAGCCCGAAGUAUGGCAGAAUGAGUGGCAUCGAAGCUUUGUUUGGGAUAUUUUGAAGAAUACGCUUAAUAAAGUUAUUUCAAGAGUGGCUCAGGUCAAGGACAAGCUCGCUGAAGUACGCAAGGAAUUUGAAGCUGUACCGCCCACAAAGUCAGCAGAAGUCGUGCAGGGUGUCGAAAACACAUUAUCGAUUGUGAAUCGUGAACAAAAAGAGGUGUUUUUGACACUUUAUCAAAAGUUUGUAGCGAUUUUACAAUCCAAGUUGAAAGAGAUCGAAGGCUUGAAUCCAGGCUCGGAAGAGUUGGAGCAAAAAACUCGUUCUUAUCAGAUUGGUCAAGGCUGGUUCCUGGAGGUGGGUCGUCGUUAUUCUAAAGAGGUGGCCACAUUUUCAAGUACAUUGGAUGCAAUUGUUUUCUCUGCAGAUAGUGAGGCAGGUGAACCGAUUGAUCCACGUAUCAUCAAUAUCUUUCAGGAGAUCUGUCGUAUGGAGAUUGGACGUUCUGUGGAGAUGAACUAAAGAAGAAGAAAAAAAAAGAAAAAAGAAAAAGCUCCAAAGCAUCGUAUCUAUUCGUGUGGAAGCCGUCCCCCUACUCAUCGCUCUCUUCAUAAAGAUUAAUCACUUUAAAUAUUAUUUAUUUUUUUUUUCAUACGCAUCCAUGCAUUUAUUCAGUGCAUAUGUUCAAUGUACACAAAUGCCG